AUGACGCAGACCUCGACCGUCUUCAAGUACAUCAUCAUCGGGGAUAGCGGGGUGGGGAAGAGCUGCCUGCUGCUGCAGUUCACCGACCGCCGCUUCGAACCGCUGCACGACCUCACCAUCGGGGUGGAGUUCGGCACCCGCCUCGUCAGCCUCCACGGCGGGCCGGCCGUGAAACUCCAAAUUUGGGAUACCGCCGGGCAGGAGAGCUUCCGGAGCAUCACGCGAAGUUAUUACCGCGGCGCGAGUGGCGCGUUGCUCGUUUACGACGUCACGAAUCGUAGCAGCUUCGCGCAUCUCCAAAGCUGGUUGGAGGACGCCCGCGCGAACGCGGCGACCGCGGUGGUGAUCAUGCUAAUCGGGAAUAAAUGCGAUCUGGAAGGGGAGCGGCAGGUGAGUCGGGAGGAGGGUGAGGCCUUCGCGCGGAAGCACGGCCUGCUUUUCACCGAAACCAGCGCGAAGACGGCGCUAAACGUCGACGACGCGUUUUUGAAAACGGCGGCGACGAUUUACGAGAACGUGCAGGCGGGGUUGAUCGAUCAAUCGGUCGUCUCCGGGAGGCCCAUCGCCUCGUUAACCGCAACGGGAGGAGGGGAGGACCCCCAACAUGGCUCCGAACAGGCGAGGUCGGGUUUUAGGGCCUGCUGUUAG